CUGCCCCCCCCCUUUCUCGCUCAGCCUAAUGAACCAUAAGUCCGUCCUGAGGAAGUCAAAUUGACAGCAGAUGCCGCCGUUCUUUCCAAACGCAAGAAACAGACGUCGCAGCCCUACUCCUGUUGGCAGAACAUUCGACAAGGCCGUUAACUUGCCUAAGAAAAUCCCAAAAAGAUCUACAAGCAGGUGGGAUAACGACUCAAUCAUAACCGGCUUCUCUUCCCAAGCUCCAACAGAAGUUCCUCGAGAACAGGUGGUACCCAAGUAUACCAACGAAAGCCUUUACGAGUCCGAAAUGAACAACCGAGAAAGAGAGGGUGGCCGUGCUAAAAACGUACGCAGAGCACCAAGAGAUCCACAGGAACCCGAUGAAUUGGAGGUCCCCAUGCCACCGAUGAAUCAGCUGCCAGAGGUUUCUCUCUUACAUAUCUACGAUCUUGUCUUGCUUCUACAACAACGUGGGAUAUCAGUGAAACUCACUGCUGCCGCCGUCAGAGAGGCGUCGGCCCAAGGUCUAAUUAACAGACCACAAAUCACUACCGAUCGGGUCGGGACAGACGUCUACAGCACUUCCACCAGAGAUAUUCUUGUCAUCAACCAAGCGCUGACAUUCCUGCUGAACUGUGGGGCGGACAUUGAUUUUGUGUCUCUCCAUCGCGAGCAACGAACCUCACCGUUCCGAUGCAACAGCUGCUCCGAGAACUUCAUGAGUCCACGGGACAGAGAGGAACAUCGCAGUGGAUUUCCCCGGACUUGUGAGCACUGUGAUGAUGAAGAUCUAACUUUUGAAUGCCGGACGCUCUUUGAUGAACACAUGCGAAAGGUGCAUAGGAUGAACAGGGGGAGCUAUGGUUCUGCUGUCGACACCCGAAGCGAACAUGUUUAUGGAGGGGGCUCAAGGAUUUGAAGGGGUUGUGGUUCCAUCCGACAGCUCUCUUUCCAGCGGUGCUUUCAAUGGCGUGGGCACGAUGCCAAUGGCUAUGGCUCGAAAAGGGCAUGUCGU